AUGAAUUUCAUAAUUUUCCCAUCAAUACGGUCCAACAGCCGGUUGGAGCUACGUUGGAGCGUUCGUAAACUCAAACUGGCAACUCGAAAGCGUUCAAACAUCCGCUCUUCCCGCACGCGCCGCUUGGGAAGAAUGUCCAACUCUUGGCCGGAGGAUGAGCUGGAUACUGAAGCACAGGAAAUGCAACAGCAACAGCAACAGCAAAGGCCCCAUAAAGACAACAUUGCAGGCGGCUUUACAUUGAUCCGUUUAACGAUUGACAAACGCGGCGAUCUCUUUUCGGGAAGUAAGAGUUAA